AUGCCGAGAUCAUAUGAAGAGGAGUUGGAAUUCUUGGAGAAAUUAUCACCGUGUUCCUGGAGGAUUAAAAAAGGCUUUGUUCCAAACAUGAAGGUGGAAGGUGUGUUUUAUGUAAACGAUUUUCUGGGGCAUCUUAUGUUUGAUGAAUUACGCCAGUUUACACAAAGUGGUGAUUAUGGCGGCUUCCUUCCCGGAAUGAAGCAAAUCGCAAACGUCGCUGCAUUACCAGGGAUAGUCCACCGCUCCGUUGGACUUCCUGACGUUCAUUCGGGUUACGGUUUUGCCAUAGGUAACAUGGCAGCAUUCGAUAUGACCGACCCAGAAGCUGUUGUGUCCCCCGGUGGAGUUGGCUUUGACAUCAACUGCGGUGUGAGACUCAUUCGAACCAACCUCACUCUGAAGGACGUUCUACCCGUGAAAGAGCAACUGACACAGGCCCUCUUUGACCACAUUCCUGUUGGUGUUGGUUCAAAGGGCAUCAUUCCCAUGAAUGCUACUAACCUUGACGAAGCUCUUGAGAUGGGGAUGGACUGGUCACUUCGACAAGGCUACGUUUGGGCAGAUGACAAGGAGCACUGCGAAGAGUACGGUCGAAUGCUGCAGGCGGAUCCCAGCAAGGUUUCUGCACGCGCCAAAAAACGCGGUCUCCCCCAACUGGGCACAUUGGGGGCUGGCAAUCACUAUGCUGAAAUUCAGGUGGUGGAAGAAAUAUUUGACCGCCACGCCGCCUCCAAAAUGGGCAUCGAUCAGCUCAACCAGGUCGUCCUCAUGAUCCACUGCGGCAGCCGGGGCAUGGGACAUCAGGUGGCAACAGAUGCGCUGCUGGAGAUGGAACGGGCUAUGAAGCGUGAUAAGAUUGAUGUCAAUGACCGGCAGUUGGCGUGCGCGCGCAUCAACUCACCCGAGGGUCAGGCAUACCUCGCUGCCAUGGCCGCUGCUGCCAACUACGCUUGGGUCAACCGCUCCUCUAUGACCUUCCUCAGCCGUCAGGCUUUUGCAAAGAUGUUCAACUCCACUCCGGAUGAUUUGGAUAUGCAUGUGAUAUACGAUGUGUCUCACAACAUAGCCAAAGUGGAGGAGCACUGGGUCAAUGGAAAACCGACGCAACUUCUGGUUCACCGCAAAGGCUCAACGCGUGCAUUCCCUCCCCACCAUCCCCUAAUCCCCGUUGAUUAUCAGGUAAAGGGUGUGCCACUUUUGUUUCCUCACAUUGUAUCCUUUCUCAGCUCAUGUCACGCUGUUACGUACCGUAAUUCCGUCUGCCGAUGUCUCACUGGACAGCCAGUUCUGAUCGGCGGCACUAUGGGAACUUGCAGUUAUGUGCUCACGGGAACAGACAAGGCCAUGACUGAAACCUUUGGGUCGACUUGUCAUGGGGCUGGUCGUGCGCUAUCUAGAGCAAAGUCAAGAAGGACUCUCGAGUACUCCGACGUGCUGGAAAACCUUGCACAGAAGGGCAUCUCUAUACGCGUUGCCUCGCCAAAGCUGGUCAUGGAAGAAGCGCCCGAAUCGUACAAAAACGUCACUGACGUUGUUAACACUUGUCAAGAGGCAGGAAUCAGUUCUAAAACGCUCAAGUUGCGUCCAAUCGGAGUGAUCAAAGGCUAA